AUGGUAGAAGGCGUAGAGCUCUCGGAUUCCGUAGUGCGUUCCUACAGUGUUGCGCGUAAUUUUGCGCCUCAGGAAGAUGAAGCAGUCUCAAAUCUGCAGAUCACGUCGCUGGAUUUUCAUCGCAAUGGAGAGCGAUGUGUUACAAGUCGCACUGAUGGCGUUAUGACUAUGAUUAAUUGUCUGAGUGGCACAGUCGCCAAGACGAUCUUGACCAAGCGAUACGGUGUCGGCAUUGUCCGGUUCACCCAUCAUUUAGAUUGCGUGAUCUUUUCCUCAUCUAAUAGUGCCAAUGAUAACCGCAUUCGGUAUCAUUCGUUCUUCGACAACAAGUUUCUUCGAUACUACACUGGUCACACGGACAAAGUCACGUCGCUUAUGAUGCACCCCACUGCGGACCAAUUCAUCUCUGCUGGAUUGGACGGCACGAUUCGUUUAUGGGAUAUUCGCAAUUCGGACACCUCGGCUAUCGUUCGAACCGACCACUUGCCAGUCUCGCACAUCUGCGCUGCCUAUGACCGAGAGGGUGUUGUAUUUGGUGUGUACACGGACGAUCACUUGAUCCGCAUGUACGAUGCAAGAAACUAUCAGGAAGGACCGUUCGCCAAGUUUUCUCUAUAUGAUGCGUCAAUUCUUGAGGCUGUUGAGCCAUACCUCGCUCAAAUGCAGGCUCCGAACUUGAACGCAAAAAAGCUUCAUGCACUCGACCUCAAGUUUAGUCCUGAUGGAAACCAGUUGCUUGUUACGACAAAUCGCGGCGUGUUUAUUCACCUAGAUGCGUUUGAGGGCAAACUGCUGCAUCUCUUCAAAGAGCAUGAACUCACCCAGAAUCAGCCUAACGACCUUCGGCUUGGAGGCUGCUACUCAGCUGAUGGUGCAUAUGUAGUCACCGGGGUGGAGGAUGGCCGAGUGUAUUUCUACAAGAGCUCUACCGGACAGUUCGUGCACGCGCUUCCUCAAGGACACAAUGGUCCAGUUGUGGACUUGCAAUGGAACCCAAAGCGUCACCUUCUAGCUAGUGCUGGAGGCAACUCAACGGUCCUGUGGUCAGCUACAGAAAUGUAA